AUGGCCAUAGAGGCGCAAGCCGCCGAGCCGCCCAAGAAGAAAGCAAAGAAGGCGAAGGAGGCGCCGAAAGAUGAUCGCCAGAUCCGUUUCCGGAACUAUAUUCCGCGAACGCCCGAGCUGCGGGAUUUUUGCCUCACCAGGAUCACCUCUGCUGAUAUCGAGGCGGAGAUCGACAAGGAGAUCCAGGAAGCCAUCGCGGCCGCCGAGGAUACCGACGCCGUGUUGGCCAUCGCCCCGCGGAAGCCCAAUUGGGAUCUGAAGCGUGACGUGGAGAGGAAGAUGCACACCCUGGCGGCCCGAACGGACCGUGCCGUGGUUCAGCUAAUUCGGCAGCGCAUCAAGAAGGAUGAAGGCACUGAAGCCAAUCCAGAAGAAAAGAAGUGA